AUGCUCGCUUCUUCAUAUGCGCCUGACGUUUUGGCUGGACCCUCGUACGCCUCUCACACGGCACCGUCUUCCUGGAGGUGGAGAGCCGUAGCUACCAAAUUAAAGCACGCUUGGCUGACUACCCAGAUUAGCCAUCGCGGUAAAUACUCGAUUGAACGACUUGUCGCGCUGGACGAGUACGUCCGAAGCGCAUCGUGGGCUCGGGUGAUUUUCGUUUGCUUAACGACGCCGUUACCAGUCAUAGCGCUCGUUCUUUCCCAAGAAUUGGUGCCACUCCAGGAUCCUGCUGAAGGCUGGCGCGUGAACUACGGCAUUUGGAUCCGUGCGGGCGUUGUGGCUGGUGUUGUAGCACAUACAAUUCUCGGUCAGCUUCAGCACUUGGUAGACGACGUGGCAAUGUCGAGACGACAGCUUGCAGUGAUUUUAGCAGUUAUGGCGCUGGGCUAUCCAGCAGCGUCGAUAGUCGUCGCCGACAAGGUUUUCUUCCCGAUCCCGUUCAUGAGCAUCACGAUGACCCCACCAUAUAUACUUCUUCUCGGUUGUUUGUUUUAUUUCGUCGUUGGCGGGAGGAUCGUCCGCCAAAUUUUACGCCAUCAAGGACAGAUACUCCGCUUCGCUGUACUGAUUGCAGCUCAAGUACUGAUGCUGCUAGUGUAUCCAGCACACCAAGCCCUUUUCCAAGCUGUUGCUGACAGUGGACUGGAGAUUUUGGUCAUUGCCCUGCUUCCUAUCUUAAAAAUCAUCCUUAAGAAUAUUGUUUCUCUGAGUUUCUAUCGGAUGCAAGACCUGAUGCCGGAGGGGGUAAUCUUCACGGUGGAUUUCUUUAACGCCUUCUACACCGCGACGAGUAUGCAGAACGCGUCAUCGACAACGACCGUAAUCGUCAUUAUGGCAGUCGACUUGUUCAAUACUGUACUAGCGAUGGACAGCCUUCACCAGGGGGUAGUAAAUAUAAUUGCGCUGCUCCAGAAGGCAGGAGCUCUGCAAAACAACGACCCUAGAAGAUUUGACCUGGUGCACACGGCGUGUUUACUCUGUCGAGACUCCAACGAAUUCGAGACGCAAAAUUGCGCCGGCAUCCAACUCCGAUCCUGCCUCGCUUAUCGACUUUCAGGUGCAGGUGAAGAUCUUCUCGAACGGCUCGCCAAAUAUCCAGGAUACCAGCCACACACCAGAUCAUCGAUCAGCUACGUUUCUGGCAGAAUUUCGACAAGUAAAGAGACCGCAAAAAUCACGAAAAAACGGCGGUGGCAUUGUGGUAGUCGGCGGAGUGCCACGAUACAGCCUAUCCAGGUAACAACCGCUUCAAACAAGCGCUCAAGUUUCGGCACAAAGCCGAAUGGCUUCACCGCUGGCCCAUUCCGACGGUCGGAGCUCCGCCAAGCACUCGAAAUUCUAUUCACCUCGGAAUGCCUCGUGCUCUCAGAGUACCUGGAAUCAUUCGUUCCGCUGUUAUACGCAAACUUUAUCAUGGUCAUGGUGCACUUGCCAAGUGCCCGCUAUCAUAUGGAGAUGACUGGUAUCACCAGCGAUAACGUCGAUGGAAAGGUCCAAGCGGUCUUCGCUUGCGCACUUCUGGAAUUUAUAUCGUUCUUGGUGAUGGUGCUUGUCGUGCAACGGAGAUGCGGCAUAAAGAUACUUCAUCACCUCGCGUUUGUACUGGAAACUCAUGCCUUGCUUAUUCAAGAUAAGUUGAUGACGUGGACACUUCUGACGCUUACAUCCCGAGUUGUGCACUUCGGUUCGUAUGAGUACACAAUGCUAUCACGUCUUACUUAUUUCUUAUGUGCGAGCACAGGCGCUGACUUCACUUUCGCGUUUGCUUGGGUC